CCAAGGGAUAUACACUCCUUGCCAGAACAGUGGCAUGAUGAGUUAGCAUUAAGCUGUUUAUAACGUGGAUCCUUCAGUUUCGUUGGAACAAAUAUCGUGAAGACAUGUGAUAGUUGGUCUGUCUCGCUAGCGUCCGUGAAGUUGGCUAUCCUCACAGUUCUCCGUAAUUUAAUUUACUGGUGAAACAAGUUAUUGGCAGCGAUAAGUAGCGUUCCCCGGGUGCCCUUACUUCUGAUGUCCCUGGGAGGCGUGGAAACAUGGCAGAGGUGUCUCGUUCCCGCUGGAGGAACCUGCAGAUUUGUGAGGUGGAAGAUGCAGAUACCAUGUGGGUGCGAGAGGCCCCUUCCCAUGCCUGUUCAGAAGAGUUGCUACAAUUCUUGGAAAUGGAAAAGCAAAUGAAUCAUUACUUCAACAACAGGCAGCCUUGUAAUUCCCAGCAUGCUUUCCUCAUCACAGUUGGCCUUCCUGUAGUGGUUUGCUACAAAGACUGCUGGAGACGAGGGAAGGUGAAGAAGCUGCCCCAAGCCAAAGGGGAGAAGACCAGUGUGUUCCUUGUCGACUAUGGCCUCACUUGUAAAACCAGUCUCAGGGCCCUCAUACCUCUCAGUGAAGGGGAGUGGACUAGUGUUCCUUGCCAGGCCAAGAAGGUUGUCUUACAUGGUGUGGUGCCCAUCUCUCUGCAAUAUGGGCUCAUAAAUCAAGAAUAUAAAUUGACUCUGAAACAUUGUAACCAUUGGGAUGCCUCAGCCACUGAAUAUGUCAAGUUACUCUCCUCCAAGAAGCCUCGUGUAGAAUUCACACCAAUAAGAUUCAGCCAAGAGGGCUGUCCCUGUGGUAAAAUGAUGAUCAUUCUCCCAGAAGAAACGUGGCUGUCUAUCAUGCCCAAAGUAUCCCAAAAUAAGUUACUACAAACAGAAGACAGCCAAAUGGCACUAGAUCUUGUCCAGCUACUUGUUGAUUGUGAAUUUGCACAGCUGUUGGAGGAAACAGAAGAGGAAAUAUGCAAAUUGCCCUCCCCAGAGUGUGGUCAAACACAUCCUGACACAAGGCACACAAGUAUGUCAGCAAAAGCUGCCUCAAGUUCACUAUCCAGUGACUCCCUAAGGAAUGUAGGCAUAGCAGCAGCUCUUGGAGCACCAGGCAGGCUGUGCAUAAGGUCAGACUUGUGCAUCACUAAAGGAACUUCCUCAUACCAGGACACAGAACUAGACUCAGAUCAGUGGACUGAAGUUGGUAGUAUUGAAGGUGUUGUUCAGUGUGACACUGAAUUGGAAUCUCACUCUAGCACUUCAAGUUAUGACACACAAAGUCUUCAUGCAAGGAUGGAUACUGAAGAAAAGUCUAAGUUGAAUUAUAGUAAUGACUUUGGUAAUUCAUCUUUUGCUGAAGUAACAAGUCCAUUAUUCAGGAGACUGUCGACUAAGCAUGCUACUCUAGGAAAAGAUGAAGCGUUUUCAGUUCUAAGAAUAAAGCCAGAAUCUCAUUCAUCAGUCUUAAAAGAGAAAGAAUAUAUUGAAGUGCCAAAAGAUGAAGUCAGCAGGAAGAAAAGUAUUGUAUUAGAUGUUCAGAACAAAUUCAUGUCUGAUCUAAGGAUACAUGAAGAGAACUCAGGUUGUGAGCAAGCUGUAGAAUACAAGGAUGUGAAGACAGCUCCUUCCCUUCCAGAGACGUUUGGAGACUGUGUUAGUGCAAAAGAUACUUCAUUUACCUCUUUGAGACACGGGUGGUCCAACAUUCCUUGCUGGGCAUCCAGGAGUUUAGUGGGAGUGAUACAUGAUCCUGAAAAUACAAGAAAUAAACAAAACAUGUCCAAAAGGAAUUCUUUAGAGUUUUAUGAAAAACUAUUUUCCAAAACUGUUAAUGCAACCAGCAGUAAAAGUCCAGAAGUUAAGAAAGAAAUUUUCAUGGCAAAAAUUGAGCAUGAAAAUACAAAAGCUCUAAAUGCCAUCACAUCCACAGAGGAAUCACAGCUUGCUUCUGACAUCUUUAUGGUGAACCCUCAUGACACUUUGACAAAGUAUUGUACUUGUGAUCUGGAUGAAAUCUACAACAAAAUUAUAAAGCAGGACUGCCUUCCCAGCAUGACAAAUAUUGUGAAAACCUGUAGAGUGUUUGUGGCAGGUGAAUCUCCAGUCUUAGAGGAGGAAGUCAUGAUUAGCAAAGACAUAAUGAGUGCAAUACUUAAUCCUCACAUAUUCAGUGUACUCAGUGAGAAGGGAAUGAAGGCCACCCGACUGCAGGCUUACACAUGGCCAUCCAUUAGCCGGGGAUGUUCAGCUGUCAUUGUUGGUGAGAAGUUGAGUGGGAAGACCAUGGGGUUUGUUGUGCCCUUGUUGUCACUUAUUUUAGAUACUUAUCAUCACAUCAGUGGGCGCCUUCCCCCAGGAAUUGGUCCAGUGAUGGUAGUGGUGUGCAGUUCAUGGCAGAGUGCCAAGUGUGCUGCAGAGCAUGUUGUCAGUCUCUUGCCUGCCAACACCAAUCUCAAAGUAAUGACAGCCUGGGGUGGGUGUGGAAGUGAGGAAGAGAUCAGCACAGGUAAGCAGCUUCUUGGAGGGUGUGAUGUACUGCUCACCACAACCCCUUGCCUGGUGCGCCUCCUAACAGGAGACUCCACAGUGUCGGGUAGAGGCACCAAGGGGGCCACCACCUCCCUCACAAGGUGUUGCCACUUGGUUUUUGAUGAUGCUGAUAUAGUAUUAGAAAAUUUCUCUUUGGAAGUCAAGGAGAUUUUAACUAUGUGGGGAAAAGAAAGGAAAAAAUGUGGUAGGCCAGACCUGCUGCUUCAGGCUGUGGUGGUUGGCUCCAGGUGGACCAAGUUAUUGGGUCAAUUAACUGAUGUUUUGCUUCCUCUUCUAGACCCAACAAUCAUAAUAUCAACACCUUUUGAGGCUGCCAUAGCUACCAAAGUAAAGAAUAAUUUUUAUUGGGUGAAUGAUGAAAUAGAAUCUCUCAAUCUGGUGAUGAACUUCAUAGCAGCAGCUUCCUCCCAGAAGAGUAUGGUCUUUGUGAGGAAUGACAGUGUUGCUGCCUUGUUGAGCUCAAUGAUGAAGAACAUUGCUGUGUAUUGUUUAGUUAUGAACAGCACAAUUCACAAGGAUAGAUUAAAAGAGUUUAUUGAUGAGUGGCACGUGAUGCAGGGUGUCACUGUGAUUGUUAGUGAGCCAGCAGAAAAGUUUCUUCUGCAUUGUGAUAUUUCUGAUGCCCAGGCAAUAUUCCACACUCAUUUUGGCUCAUCAUGGAAUACCUUUACUCAAAGGUAUGGUUUUAUGGUUGAUAGGUUUGUCACUGAUGUGGAAGAAAAAUCUUUUAGUUGUGAAUCCUAUAUAAUUGUGCCAAAAUGUUCAAUAGAGAGAAGUCACAAAAUUUGGGGUGAAUUGAACAGAAUUUAUAAUAAUGCCACAGAGGAAGUGAAGGUGCAUCUGUUGUCAACAGAAAAUGGACUUCCAAAAGAUAACCGUUGUUUGUGCUACAACCUCAAGGCAUGUGGGAGAUGUUUUGAUGAAUCCUCUUGUAAAUUUAGACAUUUCAUUGACUUAUCUGACCAAGCCCAUGGUAUACCCCAGACUGGUAAAGUUACAGUUGAGAUCAUCAGUGUGGUGAAUGCUUCCAGGUAUUUAGUGCGGCUCACUGAGUACCAGAUAAAGUCAGAUGGGCAGAGGAUUGAUCUCUCCAACCACUACCACAUUUUAAGAUCAGCCUUACAGCAGCAUUAUGCAGAUCCAGCUCACUGUAAGCCAGUGCAGUUUGCCAAGAAGGGCAUGCUGUGUGCACUGCAAGACAAUGGUGUGUGGAGCAGAGCACAGGUUGUUUCAGUGAAUUAUUCCAAAUCCACUUGUCUGUUGAAUGUGUUUCUCAUUGAUGAAGGAAGAGAGAUGAUCAUUCAAUUAAGUUCUGCUUGGGUUCUUGCAUCUCACUUUGCAUCAGUUCCCCAGCUAAUUGUUGAAGUGUUUUUGUGUUGCAUUCAACCCAAAGAUAAUGAUAGAGAGUGGACAUCCCAAGCAAACAGCUUUGUGCAGGAAGUCUUCGCUAGAAAUAAGAAGAGCAAAUUUGUAGGUACAAUUGUUCUGGCCUUGGGCUACACUUUGUGGCUGAACCCUCUUAUUGAGUUAUCCAAAAUAGGCAAUAUUUAUGCUCAGAAGAGAUCACUUCGUGGGAAGCUGUUAACUGAGAGGUAUGGAAUGGACAAUCCCAAUCACAUUAAAAAUCUUGAGCAGCUUUGCACUCUGGCUGGGAUGUCUUUGAAGGAUGAAGAUACACUGAGCCUGUGUUGGAUAGAGGCUCGUAAUGAAGCAUUGCAAAAUGUGAGCACUGUUGUAGACAGUGAAGACUUAAGCAGUGAUACUUUAACGAAUGGAGAAAAUGAAACAGAUGAAACAAUUAAUGAAAAUAAAGAAGAGUGCAGUGAUAAUGUUAUCCAUCAUGAAAAGGACAUGAACAUGAUGCCUUUGGGUGAUGUAGCAAAGGACUGCCUGCCAUCCACUUCUUCAGGAAAGACUGAAGCUGAGCUAGGUCUGUCCUCUGAGAAGCUGCCUCUAAACACUGAAGUGACAGUUGAAGUGACUGAACUGGUGUCUACUGAGGAAUUCUAUGUUGUACAGCAAGACAAGCUUCAAGAAUUGGAUAACCUAGAGGGAGAAAUUAAUAACCUGCAUGACUACCUGGAAUCUUGUGAGGUUGAGAAGAGGUCUGAUGGCAAGAGUGUGGCAUCCAAACCUCCCAUUGGUUCUCCAUGCAUUGCUAAAUUUACAGACAACAGGUACUAUAGGGGACAAGUGAAAGCUGCAGAGAAUGAUGGCAGCAUGACUGUCUUUUUUGUGGACCAUGGAGAGACUGUCAAGGUCCCUGAAUGGCAGGUUCAUGUUUGUCCCAGUGUGUGGAUGAAGUACAUGCCAGGCCAGGCCAUCCGCUGCACCCUGGCCCACCUCACCAUCCCGCCCUAUCUCAGCGAGGCCGCCAUGCAAGCCAUGACGCACCUCAUGGAUGUCACAGAAUCAUGGAAAGUGAAGGCUCUGGAAGUAAAAGAUGACGAUGGACUGUUGUAUGUAGUGGAGUUGACUGAUGAUGCUGGCGACUCUCCGCUGGAAGUGUGGAAACAUCUUGUUCAUCAAGGUGUUGCUUUGAUGGACUUGGAGAAUGCAUCUGAUAGUGAAGAUGAAUCUUCAAAGCUGUUCAACACUUCUGACGUGGAUGAUCAAGAGAUAGCAGAGUUUCUCUUUGGGAUCGCAGCCAUCAAGCAACAGGAGACUGGGAAGAAGGAAGUGCAUUUCAGACAUAAAGGAACUGCUGUAGAACUAGAAGAGAAGGAAAGUAGCCUCUCAUGUAAUUCCAAUGUAAGUGAAUCUUGUAGUGAAUCUGAUUUGGUGCAGCAAAACUCAAUCCAUAUUUCAGAAGGAAAGGGAAAAGAAAAAAAAGAUGACAGUACUAUUGAUAGAACUGAGAGUGAUAAUAAGAAUUGUAAAAGUGAUAAUUCAGAACCUGAUAAAAAGACUAAGGAGGAACAUGAACAACCCAGCUGUAAAGAAAUCAAAGAAAGCUUGAAUUCAAAGGAGAAAGAUCUAGAUAUUCACAGAACAGUGACCUCGGAAAGCCAAGUCUUGAACAUGAAGCGCCUGGGAAUGCCACCCCUCUGUGCUGUUGACGGUGUGACAGAGAGGCUGGCCCCUGAAACCUCUUGGAACCAGAGGAAAGAAACUGUUCACAUCACCAUUCACUUGGUUGGGGUGGAGCAUUACAAGUGUCGUGUCUCCUCAACUCAUAUCAUCUUCAUGUCUGUUUUGGGAGACAAGUUUUAUGUCCUGGAUGAAGAACUCUGCCAGAAGAUCACACCAGAGUCAUGUGUUGUCAGUGUGAAGGGAAUCUCUGUGUCCAUCACCUUGAAGAAAGCUGUGAAAGGGAAAUGGAUGAGUUUGUUCAAGGACAGAAUGCAUCGCCCCUGGCUGAGAAGACAGUACCAGAAUCUAUCAUCGGGGGAAGACACUUCAGAGACGGAGAAUUAUGAUGAUGAUGGUUGGAGGGAAAUCAUGAACUACAGCAAGGAGCCAGCUGGAGGUGGUCUGCCUGCCGGCAUCAGCGACACAGAUGUCACCACUGACACAGAUUCUUCUGAAAUACUCUGAAAAUUUUUAAUAGCUAUUAACAACUUU